GCUGUUUGUACGAUCAUUCCAUCAUCGUUGGUAAUACCGUGAUCCGCUGAAGGCUCGCGACAUACGAUCACGUUCACCCACAGCCGUCCUCCCAUCAAAACCCAUCGACAUCUGCAUUCCAAACACGCAGUCGGCCAGAGAUAUACAGCCACAGCGUUCGAGCAAGCAACAUCCGUCUGCCGUGUUACGCAGUAUAAAUAUUCCGUGUUGGCAGACAGCUGAAACGCUCGAUUGAAAAGAGUCACCUCCCCGAUACACCGCAAUUGUGCGGACCAUCGCCAUCAUGAGAGAAGUUAAUUUCAGUAUUCCCAAUGUCAACAAGGCAUCUGUCGGCAUCACCACCGCCUUGUAUGAUCGCAGAGCCCUCGACUGCACCUCGACCCUCCCACUCAUCAAUUCGCUCAACCACCUCGCAUACCUCACGACAUCAUCGGCACGGAUAAGAGAUAUUUUGACCGUCGAUGGCGGCGUCGAGCGAUUGGUAUGCCUUCUCAAAGCAGGGCGAAGCAAAGAUAUGAUGGACAUGUGGAAAUGGAAUUUGGCAUUUCAAUGCGUUGUCAACAUUGGGGUCCGAGGAUCGGAAAACGUGCGAACAAGAGUGGUGGAGGCCGAUAUGGUCCCAGUCAUUGCUACUAUUCUCGACAAUUACAUCAAAGUCGUUGAUAGAUGUCGUGAAAAAGCAGAGGAGGCGAAGAAAUUGCAGGAGCAGCGAUUGAAUGGGUCACGAACUGGCGAACACAGUCGCUCUCACAAGGGUUCUUUCGGGAACCGCACAUCUCGAUUUGAAUCAGAAUUUCGAGCGUCUCGCAGACAACCACCUCCACCAUCUAUCGAAAUUCCUACUACAUUCACAAACGCUCCUUUGACGGCGGGCUCGGACGCCAUGGACACCACUCCAACCGGGCCACAAUUCGCGCUCACUUCCCCACCCGAGCGAACCACAUUCUCUGUUCAUCGACACCACCAUCAUCAUCACCAUCACCCGAGAAACUCAGAUGCCAGACAGCAUUUCCUACCUCCUUCUCGCCAUAAUAUUCAGCCUCUCGCUACUGCCGUCCCAUCUAUGGACGCUGCAGAUGGAUUUAACAUCCGACCCGUUCGUGAUGUGGAUCGUCUGCCAUCAAUGGUUCCUGGUUUCCACGGUGGUUUGACAUCGCAACCCGAAUCUCCCACGACUCCUCUUCCUCCCAAUCAAAUCCGAUCACCUACUGUGCGUCCUACAUCCAUGUCAGCACCUUCAGCACGUUCCAGGAGACGACCAUCCAUUCGACACCAAGCUUCGCUUGUUGGGGAGUCUGAAGAUCCCAACGCUGAUAGCAUGGCAUCUGAUGAAUCUGGAGACCCAGAGAUCUCAGGUGUCAGCAAUGCGGAUAUUCAAUCACCCGUCAAUAUCCAAGACAUCACAAUGGACGAGGGAGACAGCAUGCUCACUGCUGUAGAAACUCCUUUGGGCUUGACUACUCCUACCGUGUCUGAAGCACAAGACGCGGGUACUUUCAACAUUACACAUAGAUCUGCUAUUGAUGGUAGCAUGAUUAACGACGCCACGACUCCAACUGGUCCAGCAAUGGGCCUUUCACCUGCUCAAACCACUGCUGCGAAUACCCCACCCACCAUGCCCAAUGCCACAAUCCCUCGAUAUCUCCUUGAUCGACCCACAGCAGCAAGCGGACAAGUCCUGGCAGCUAUGCCAAGGGACGAAGAUGUCUUGAUGUCUCUCCAACUCCUCGCAUACGUUUCAAAGUACUGCAACCUCCGCUCCUACUUUCAGAAGUCCCAUCUCGUCCCAAAAUUGAAGAUUGGGUCCGAGCUUCACCUUCUUGACGCUGAUGAAACAAAUCCUUUCUCCCCAUCUUCAUCAUCCUCACCAACGUCAUCCACCUCUGCUUGCGACUCAGAGGAAGAAGAAUACCUCCUUCCAGACGACUUCAACAUCUUUCCUCUUGUCGAAAAGUUUACUGUCCGACAUCAUAGCCAAGAUAUGCAAUAUUGGGCAGGAGUUGUGAUGAGGAAUCUUUGUCGCAAGGAUGAUAGUCGUGGAGGAAUCAGACAAUGUGCAUAUUAUCAGUGUGGAAAGUGGGAAGAGUUCACCAGACAAUUCGCCAAAUGCCGAAGAUGCAGGAGGACGAAGUAUUGCAGCAAAGAGUGCCAGAAAAGUGCUUGGGUCUUCCACAGGCAUUGGUGUGUAGCUGCAACUCAGUAGCACUUAUAGUGUCUAUUGACCCCAACUUUCGGCUCUCCUCCUUACACAGGUUAAUGCUACAUGUCUGGCUUGAGGUCAGACCAUCGCUGGAGCGAAGUACGGACGAACGAUUUUCCUAAUAUUUUAAUGUCAACGAACGGCCAUCCCAUCAGCGAGGCAUGCAUCCAUUGCACGAAACGAAUGAUAGCGAGU